AUGCCUCAGGACGCUAAGAACGCUUUCUACUCCGCCGAGUACCUCCGUACUCUGAAGACCAAGUACGAGCAGGCCACCUCCGAUCCCUGCCGCGGCCUCACCCUCGACGACGCCAUGAAGCACAUCGCCCUGACCGGCCGCAAGAACUUCUCCCGUGAGGACGUGAUGAAGUUCGACGACAACCACGACGACAACAUCAACUUCGCUGAAUACCUCAACAUGAUGCUCGCCAACGACGAGGAGAUGAAGUUCCAGGCUGCCAAGUUCAUGCCCUAG